GUGACACCACAGGGUACCCGCGCGAUGACCAAAAAAACCAAGUCGCAUACCUAUACCAUAUUUCUAUGCCUAUGGGGCUACGCGCGCGGCCUGCGGCCGCGCUUAGCUCCGCUAUUAGCUCCGCUAAUAACAACAAAAAACCUCUCCAGGCUCGAGAAGUUUGAAAUAGUCUCUUGAGAAGUUUUAGCGGAGUAAAUUGCCGGAUGUUUUGGGCUCUUGGACGUUUCGUUAGACGAAAUGGGUUAUUACUUAAAAGCUAGAAUUUGUAUUUUUUUAAAUAUCCACAAAGUAAGAUGAUUAAUAGUUUGUUUAUGCUUAAUUGAUGAUAUUUUUUUAAUCGGAUCUCUUAGUAUGCUUCUUAUAUUCUCUACUAACUGUAUUUAAGGUUUUCCAGUAAAAGUAAUAACAACAAAAAACCUCUCCAGGCUCAGUAGUUCCGUGUUUUUGCGGCGAAAUCAAUUGACUGUUUAUUUCGGGAAAGGCUGUUCCGAAACAAAGCCAUCAUCCGAAGUAGACAAGAACAAAAAGAGUGUAAUUUGGUAAGAGCAACCAAAGGUGUGCCAAGUGUCCUUAAGUUGACGAUUCCAAUUUGACACAUUUUAGCUGUGACCAAUAUUAAAGAGUUUGAUCUUAGCACGAAGCAUUUUAGAUCCGUCUAAAGCAUCAAGUGAGUACAUGGUUAGAACAUUUCAGCUGAUCAAUUAACUACUGUACUAAGAAUCGGCAAGAAUUGACACUGAUGCUCAGAAUCUUGGGAUAGCUUCGUUCAAAGGCUUUGGUUUUGCUAGGACAAGUUCUGUGUGGGGAUAACUUUCUGCAAACUGUAAAAAACGCGACGCGAGAGGUGGCAACAGAAGAGCAACUUUGUUCAUCCCGUUCUUAUGUCAGGAAUGGAAGUUAAUAACACUACUAGCUUCGGCACAGGUCGUGUCUGUUCUGGUUAUUUGAUAACACCAUCAGGGAUUGUAGUCGAGGAUCAAUUAUAUCCGAACAUUUACAUCAGCGUUUUACCUUACACGUUACUACACAUUUGAUUUUGUUUAUUGGCGUUGCUUUAUACAAUCGAUCGAAACCGGAAACCCAUUUCCUCCACUAGUCCCGAUUGAGCUCUCACUUACUGGUUUCAUCUUUCUGUGUCUCACCGCGAGUCUGAAUCCUAUUCUGUAUUUCUGGAGGUUCACUGAGGUUCGGGCUGCAGCGGUCUCUACUCUUAAGUCAUUGUUAAGAUGUUCACAAACAUUCACAAACGGAAAGUAAUAUUUUUUUUCAGUCCAAAUUUCUUUUUAUAGUUAGAUUAGAUAUUAAUGUGAAUAUAAUAUCAAAUAUAAUAAAACUGUGAAUAGAUUUGCUACGGCCUUUAAUGCGAAUGGAUCCUCCCGCCGCAAAACACAUGCGCGCAGGCAAACACGGACGAUAGCUAAAAUAUGUAGAUCCCGUAAACAAUCAUCUUUACUAGAACCCUUAAACCAACAGGCUGGAUUUACAAACCGUUACCUACAAAACCUUAGGACAGUAUGACCACUUGAGUUUUUGUCUUAGACAGAAGUCUAUGUUGUCAAUAGGAUUACUACGUACAUCCACACCUCCCUCUACUAGUGGGCGUUGUUUUGGUCUAGAUUGUACGCAUGCUUGCAUAGAAAAUCCUCCGGCAAUAUCUGAAAACAACUUCUUACGUUCAAUAGUAUGUAAAGCAGAGAAGGAAAAGAAAUUAGAGGCGUAAAAAUAGGGCCGUAGCAAGGGUUUGGGCACUGAGGGCACGUGCCCCAAAAUAUUUUCAAAAACUAUAAGGGAAUGACCAGUAGGUGCGUGGUUGUGCCCCCAAUAUUUUCUUAGUGUUUCUGUAUCGUGCCCCCAAUAAUUUAAGAACUACUACGGCUAUGGUAAAAUGUUUACCCCUGCGCGUGAAAAUAAAUGGAAGCGAAGAAAACGCAAGCGCGGGUAAUUGAGGAAGAACAUUUAUUCUUCCUUUUCUGUUCCUAUUUCACGUAUACCCCUGUGAUUUUCGCAUGCACGGAAACACUGCAGUCCCAGUCUGAUUUUACUUCACCCACUUAACCGGUGGCUGCCAAAGCUAAUAAGGAAGUCCCAUAUGCCACUCAAAGUGGCUUAGCAAGCUUUCUUUGUCGUACAUAUUUAAUGAAAAAAUACUCAUAAGAAAGAAUAACAAGUCGAUGUACCUGAUACGCCUUCGUAUCUCGUGCAAGCUAACGCUUUGAAAAUCUGUCGCGGGAACCCUCGUGCCGCUAGCAAACUGUACGUAGACAAAGAUAUUGGAUUCUCUGUACAAAUACGCCAAAGGACCAUUACCCUCCCCUCCCCCUCCUUCAUCCCCUCUUCACGGGCAUCUUGACCUAGGGAAGCAGAAGGACUGGUAGGUCCACGGCGAGCUAGGGAGAGCUACCUACCUAAGUUUAAAUCGGAGUAGGAGCUUGCUGAGUGAGGGUUUUUUAUGGGAUGGUUUUUAUUGAAAAAAAAGGAAAAGAAGUGAAAAUAUUAUUUAUCUAUAUUUUUCGUUAACACUGAAAAAGAUUAAUGAAAAAAAUACGUUUCCGUCGAGUACCGAACGCACUGAUGAAGAAACCCCCAAUAAAUUCGCUCUUACCUACUCAAUCUCUAAUAAACGCUGUGUGAAGAAUAACGAGGAUUUUAAUGAAUGAUUUAUAUGAAAAACUUUGAAAGUCACAAAGGAACACAUAUUUUCAAUAUUAACAGACAGAUGGGUACUGUGAAGUUUUGGAGGGAUAGAUAUAUUUUAAAUAUAUAUAAAAGUAUAAAUUUGAGUAGGGGCUAGUUGAGGUUUUGAGUAAGAAAAAAAAUUAGCCAUGGCACAAACCAUAUAUAAUUUACUAAUUUCACUAUGGAAUAAAAAUGGAAUAUCACGAGAGCUAGUGGUUAGAAUUCGGUGAAUGAAAAGACAAAAAAACGGUACAAUGUGCAAUGACAAAGAUGCUACUACCCAACACCUUUGGAUAUAACAAAAAUAUAUGUAUAAUCUUGUUUUUUAUUGUAUAUGCCAUAUCACAACACUGAUUGGGGCAAGAAAGGUAAGAAGCAUCAUCUCUUGAGGUGGGGAUGGAGUGUUUGAAAAUUGUUAAAUAUUUCUUAAACAUUUUCUUGGUUCACUGCCCUCAAUGUGCUAUCACUUAGGGGUAAGUUUAUUUUAACACCCAAAGUGAGCUAUAUUGUAUUAACAAUAUAAUUUAGGUUAUAUAUAUUAUUUCAUUUAUGUUAGUGCAAAGUAAAUAACAAUAUCUAUUAAUGCUAUUAUAUUGUUCAAACAUUUAUAUUUUGUAGUCUGUAAUAUCCAGACUUGAAAUUAUAGCAUAUACAUAUCAUUAAUGGCACUAGAAAGACAACACAAGUCUCUAGAUUUCAUUGAAAAUGUUCCAUAAAAUUAAAAUGACAUUCAAUGAGGGAUAAAGUUAUUUUAGGAAGAGAACAAACAUUAUCUAAAGGAAGGACCAAAAUACCAACAAAUUAGCACAAAAAUACCAAAAUAACUUUCAUAGUUUUACAUAUUUUACACUACACAUGGCUACUGACAUGUGUACCUCUAAAAAAGUUACCAAACCAAAGCAGCAGGCUCAAGCUUUUCUAGUUGAGUUACUUACUUAAGCUUAUACAAUAUUUUUUUACGAAUAUUGAUGAACGGCAUUACUAAAAAGCGGAACCGGCGGAACCAGAAUAUUUCGUUUAGUUAUAGGGGUAGGGAUGUCAUACUAGGAUCACCAUUUAUUUCCUUUCUAAUCUGAACACAUUCCUUUGUGAAAUGCUAAGACAACAUCACUAAGCGCAGAUGUGCUACGUUAUUUCACGCACAUUUGACAUUCUGUCAUAUGCAAUUUGUAUCCAUCUGUAUCCUUGUUUAGAAGCGCGUCUCUACAUCAGGUACAAGGUUAUUUUUAAUCCCUAGAUUUAAUUGUUUUACAUACCUUAAUCCCUAGAUUUAAUUGUUUUACAUACCUUAUUUGCUGUCUCGAUUUUAAAUUCCUUAUAACAUGUACACUUCGAGUGUUUUAAUCAAGCAUUGUCAUCUCUGACUUUUAGCUGAGGCACUGCUAUUACUGUAAGUAAAGUCCAUUUUCUCAGAAUAUACAUGCACUCACUGCUGGAUGAAACCUGGGUAUAAUAAAUUUCACCUUCUGUCAUCAAAAUAGAUGUGAUUAUUACAAUACUCAUAAUCAAUCACUCAUAUUUGUUGUAUAUCCAGUGCGGUCAUGAAUAUUGGGGGUAUGCCAUUGUCUUUAUUUACAGGCUGAAAUUAUAUGGCUUUCAAAAUUAUUUCAGGAAGAGGGGGUAACAUGUCCCGUCACCCCCUGCUAUGGUGCUGUAUAAUUCCACUUUCUGGUAAAUUUGACAUUAUUGCAGUAUUCUAGAGAAAGGAUUACCUUCUAUAUUUUCACAUUGUUGUCUUUUUGAUAUGGAUAUGGUUGUUAGCAUGAUGUACACAGGCACGUACCCAGGAUUGGCUGUGGGGGGAUGUGCAGUCAUAGGUAUAUUUAAAAAGGAUAAGAAUUUGCCCAUUUUUUGUGGCCGAAGGGGGGUGAGCAUACAUUCUGUGCACCCUCCUGUGUACUUGCCUGAUACACAUGCAAGAGAAAACUCGAGUGAAGCAUAUGAGAAUUUCUCAGUUUGCAGCACUGGUCAACACCUUAGUACCAAGUGACACAUCUUGGGGCUUCUCCUGAUGGAAUUAUUAUGAUCCUGUCUGGUAAAAGAUGAUGAUGGUGAUAUAAAACUCAGCUUCUUAUUGUAGAGAUGAGUUUUGUGAUGUUGUUGGAACAAAACAAUAUUUUCAUAAUGCAAUAAUCUGUAAGAACAUUAUUGUUCUUUAGACUAAUAUUUUUUUUAACAAACUGCAUAUUACCAUGACAAGCAUGUUUAUAAAGCAAAACAUCAAGGCACUUAAAUUGACAUCAAAUGUUAUUAAUGUUAUUCCAAAACACCUAUUCAAUUUGUCCAUUAUCAACAUAGAAUUUAAGCCCUUUAUUAUCUGUUAUUAUAUUAAGAAAAGAGCUGUAUACUGGCCAUGUUGUAUAUAGAGAUUAGAAAUUAGAUAUAGUUGAUGAGCAUCAAGAAACCAUAUGACUUACAUAUGUGUGUGUCUAAGACUUGUCUGUUGGGACAACAGACCCUGUAAGAUUUGUACAGGGCACAACAAAUAAUGGCUGUGACUCCAGAUCCAAAUGCAAGUCAAAAAUGAAAUCCAUGGGCAGUGUUGGUCUUGGUAUAUCCCUUUGAGGCCACUCAAUGAGAAAUUGCAUUUUUUUAUGCAUCAAAUCCAAGCCUCAUAUGCUAAAUUCAGUUUACUGUGACACAAGUUUAAACAAAGUUGCAUAGGGACAAGUAAUAUUAGCUGCAAACAGGUACAUAGCCAGGAUUUUGGGUGUUGGGGGGGGGGGGGGGGUGUCUAUUAAUUAAGUGUAAACAAUUUCUCUUGGCUAAGGCUUCCUAGCUCCCAGUAUUUCUCAAGUUUAUCCCAAUCUCAAGGGUCUUUUCUCUCAAGGGAAAAGAGUCUCCGACUUUUCUGUUCGGAUAAAGUGAAGAGAACUCUUAUCACAAUUCACUAUUCUGAGUUCCCAUUGGACAAAAUGUCAUUACCAGUCAUGUCUGUCUGGAAGGAUACCUCUGUUACCAUGGAGGAAGCCCAUGUUCUGUCAAAGUGAGUGUAUUUCAAUGUAUGAGUCAAUUACAAAAACGUGAUCAUUUCGGUAUAUAAAAGGGAAAUAAACAACCUUUACUUUCUUCGACAUCAUGUUCAACGCCCGAUAUGUUUGUAGUCUCAUUCUGACUAUAAAAAAUACAAUUUGUUGCGGGAUUUAAACUCGCUGUACUGAUGACAUUCUACCGGCAAAAGAGAAAUAAAGGGAGACUUAAACACACUAUUACAAGGUUUAUAGUUUUAUUAAUCGCGAAAAAGUAAGUUUUUCACUAAAACAUAGUUAUCUUAAACCCCCCCCCCCCCCCCCCCACAUUCUUUUAUAAACUAUUGAAAGUAGCCUUGGGCUACGUGUGACAAAACGGGAUUUUAAUAUUUACAGCGUAAUUACACAUUUCAGAAUUACUUACAACACCAAAGACGACAUUGGGAUGAUUUUCAUACCUUUCAAAAACGAAUUACUAGAAACUCUUGCGAUUUUCGACUCGGCUCCUUUUCAUUUAGAGAGACGAAUUUCGCAGCUUUUCACGCCAUUGUUCUGUAAAUUAUUUCGCCUUUUAGUAAAAAUUUCCGCAGAACCCUGAAGAAACCUUCCCUCUUUUGAAUAGAUCGAUUUGUACACUCGAAAACAGCGCAAAUAUAUGACAUUUUAACAGGUGCACGGCACUUGUACGAAAUGUAGAACAACCAUCUUUGCGUGUCUGUUUUGACCACCACUUCAACUUUGGCAUAUCUAAUGUGGCGGAUGUGACGUCAUUUGCAACCCAAGAAUACUGUCUAGCUUGCGCGCGCGUACACUUUAUAUAUUCGGCGAUGCUUCGAAGCUCGCGCUAGAAACAAAAAGGAUCAUGGGAAUUUAUUGAUGGAUUAUUCCAAACAGCCUCUGGUGGUAUUUUAUAAUAUGUGACGUCACAUAAGAAACUACUCAGUUUCGUUUUGUAUGGGUGUGGUAAUUAAUAAUAUGUUAUUAAUUAGGGGAAACGUAUUUUUCAACUUUGGUGAAAGCUCGAAGAGAGCUCGAGGAUGAUUACGUACUGUCUGAUGUCAUAAUCAGCAUUCCCCCAAACUGAUCUAAACGUUCAUGAAAGCGAAACGAUAAACAAGUAUUCAUGGAGCGUACCAAGUUUUCAAAAUGAUAGAGUUUUUUAAGGACCACCCCGUUCUCACCGGGCUAGCAGUCUGCACAGCAGGAGCCGCAGCGUUCUGCUAUUGCAGAAGUAAAUCGAGUGUCGAGAGUGAUGGUCAAGGAAAAGAGACCAAAGAAGAAGUACCCGUCGCGGUACAAGACGCUGUCGAAGAUGUCUCCGCGUGUUUUCCAGCCGACCUUUUGCAAGCGGAGAAGUCUUCACAAUGUCGAGAAUUGCUUGUUUAUCAAGCCCGUUCUUGGGAGCUUUUGCUGCCCAGCUACAAGCAAGUGUUCCCGGAGCUCCACCCCCGGAACCUGCUUAAGAUCUUCAUCAAGCCACGACUGCUGAUGCCAAUUGUAGUCUUUCCCGUGGCUGCUCCAAGGCAAGCAAUCGUUGUCUUUGAGUGUCCCGCUCCCACCGUCGUGCUGGGGGAUAUCCUGUACCUGAUGUCAGCGGUUACCUUCGCCGCUCUUAUAUGCUUUGUUAUCAACUUCGUCAUGAAGAUGCAUAUCCAGUCGAAGGUCAAAUCCCUUCAGGGAGGUCGUCUUGCCAGCAUCACCGAGGUGCACCAGAUCCAAGAGAAGACUGGUGCUUGUCCAUCUAUUGCGUCGACAGACCACCGAGAGAGUGAUGCUCCCGUAACCACCGAGGUGAACGUCCAGCCGUCCUCAUCCGUAAAGUCGAUUGUGACUGCAUCCUCUACAGGACUCAAGGAGCUCCGCCCUUUUGAUCUGCGUGCAUCAUGGGACACACAAAGCCUCGAGAGCCUAGCAGCUUGUGCAUCGCGCCAGGGGCGUCAGGUCACACUCCAUCCGCAUCUCAACAAAAAGUGGGAAAAUGGAAAUGGAACACCAUUUUUCUUAGAAAUUGUGUCACUAAAUACUUUGUGCCUCUUACAUCGACUGUUUUGUGUAGGGGAGUAUGGGGUGUUUCAGGAGCUCAUUGGAAAGUGAGAAUUAAUGAAGGCUAAGUAUGUUUUUUUUUCAAUUUUCAUUAGCAGCAUAUACAACCAUAUUAAACAAUACAUGUUAUCUAUAUACCAUAAGUUACUCAUGUAUAACAAGAACUUUUUCACGCGAAAACAACCUAAAAAAUUGUGGUGUGUAUUAUACAUGAAACUUUUUGUUUGAGAGGUAAAAAACAUGCAUAAUAUAAUUAAAACAAUAGAAAGCUCUAGGGAAUUAACGCCCACAAAUAAGUUAGUCAAGUUAUUUAAACUCCACGGGGCAUUGUUUUGACAUAUACCAAAUCUAAAUCAAUGAAAAUGUCUGGAAUGUGCCGUGAAGGACAUAGGCAAGAAAGAAGUCUACUUGUUAUCAGGGAGCAUAUUAUAAAUAAGUGCAUAUAAUACAGGAGUAAAUACAGUACAUAUGAGAUUUUAUACAUUAUAUCAAGACAGAGAAGCUUUUCAUUUACAUCUAAAAACCACAAUUAUUUCUAUAAGAUGUAUGUACACUGUAAAGGUAUAAAUACUGCUUAUAAAGGUGGGACUGUAAAAAGUGUCUGCUCAACAGAGGUAUAUAAAUGACUAUAUAUUGCUAUAUAAAUGACUGGCAAAAAAUCAGGGUUUUAGACUUUCAGUCUGGCGGUUCCAUUAUACCUGUUCGUCUUCCACAAGUUUGGAAAGCAAGUAAACAAGAGGGUCUAGCUCACGGACACUGCAACGACAAAUAACAGACAUGUAUAGGAUCUUCCUUAUUCAUUUGUCUAAUUAAAUGACAUGUUAGCAAAAGCAAAGUAAACACAAAUCCUCACUUUUUAGAUUUAAGCUCGUCAUAUUUCUUGAGAAAUUCUCUUGGUGUAGUUGAACACUCAGCAAUCUUGCGCUUUGCUGUAUGAGCCGACACCUACAGUUAACAAAAAGACAAUUGGGUACAGUAGACACUUUAUAACAAACUUUAUCCCUGCGGUUGACAAAUAAACAAAGGGUAAACUGAACUAGAGAAACACUAGUUGGUAUGUCCCACAAUAUAUAUCCAGUGAAAUUGUAACAUACAUAUUUAAUCUAUUUAGUACAAAUAAAUACUACUGUAAUAAGC